AAUUGCUCCUCACUUGCUCAUUCACUUGCUCACCCACCCACUCCAACCCACACCCCUCUACCCACCCAUCCACCACACCCCCAAAAUGCACCUCCAAAACCGCACCUUCAUAAUAUCAGGCGGCUCCUCCGGCCUCGCCCUCGCAACAGCCCGCCUCCUGCACUCACACGGCGCCUACAUCUCCCUGCUCGACAUGAACGCCGAAGCCGGCGACGCAAUCAUAUCCGAGCUCGGCUCCGUCCGCGCACGAUUCCACGAGGUCGACGUCACGGACACGGACUCGAUUGCUGCGGCUGUACAGGGGACGGUGGAGUGGGUUCAGACGACGGGCGCGGCGUUGGGCGGGGUGGUUGCUGGGGCCGGGGUUGGGAAUCCGGGAUUGAUUAUCGACAAGAACAACGAACCCCUGCCCCUCGCAGCCUUCGACUUCGUCAUCAACGUGAACCUGCGCGGCACCAUCGACCUGAUCCGCCAGACGCUGCCGUACCUGACGCAAAACGAGCCGCUGGGCGCAGACGGCGAGCGCGGCGUGCUGCUGAUGUUUGCCUCGUCGGCUGCAUUCGACGGGCAGAUGGGCCAGGUGGCGUAUGCGGCGUCCAAGGGCGGGCUGGCGAGUCUGACGCUGCCGCUUGCGCGGGAUCUGUCGCGGUUCGGGAUCCGGGCGGUGACGAUUGCGCCGAGUCUGUUUGAGAGCGGGAUGACGGCGAUGAUGGGCGCAAAGGUGCGGCAGAGCCUGGAGAGGGUGAUGGAGUGGCCGAAGAGGGCGGGCAAGCCGGACGAGUUUGCGCGGGUGGCGAGGGAGUGUAUUGAGAAUCCGAUGCUGAAUGGGACGGUCAUUCGGCUGGAUGGCGCGAUGAGGAUGCCGAGUAAAUUGUAGGAUUGUAUUCUUGUCGCAUUGUAAAUGAUGUGGAUGUGCGCUUGCUUCCUUCACCGCCGACGCUGGCCGAUCUUGAACUUGACGCCCUUCUUGUUGACGCCGCCAAUCUGGUGAUUUGCCCUCGCGCGCUGGAGCUCCAACUCCUGGUCUGCCGUCACCAGGUCUUCCUCUUUCUGCUUGACGGCUUCGAGCUUCCUCAGCUGCUGGUCUUGCCACUUCGCCUUUCGUCUCUGCCACACAGCCUCGUCCUUGGCAUUUUGCGCCUCCGCGUCUUGCACUUUCUGCGACUUCUUCCUCUUCAUCCCACCACCACCAUCCCCAUCCUCAACAUCCUCAAGCACCUCCUUCUCCUCAGCAGCCACACCCGUCGACCCCUUCCUCCUCCGAUUCCAAACCCUACCCAUCAUCCCAUCCCCCUCCUCCACA